AUGCACCUUGUAACGCGUAUCGGCGGGUCAUUUGAAGGCGCGAAUUUGCCGGAGGGUCCGCCGCCUUUCCGGUUCUACUCCCUGCAGCUUCCGCCUUGUCUCGCGCAGUGGAAUGGCACGGAGGGCCCGCCUGUUCCCGCGCAGCGGCAAGAUGACGCGGCGGUUCCGCCGGUUCCACCUGUGCCGCCCGUUCCUGCAAAGGGAAAUGACACGGAGCUUUUUCUUGAAGCCCCGCAAGCGGAACGGGUUCCGCGGGUCGGGGGAGAAGCGGUUAAGGAUGAGCAGGGGGGGGGAGGGAUGAAGCGGGAUGUGGCGGAAGCAGGGGGAUGCCGCGAGGAGGGUGGUGGGGAGGGCGGGGGGAAGCGCGCCGGGGAGGGGAUAUGGGGUGGUGAGACAGAGGGAGUGGUGAUGGGGGCGGUCGGUGGUGGGAUGGGGGAUGGCUGCAUAGGGGUUUGCGGGUCAGAGGGAGGAAGAGGAUGGGCGGAAGGGUCACAUGCGGGGGGGAAAGAGGUGGUUGAAGGGCAAGAUGUGGGGAUGGGGGAAGAGGUCGGGAAGGGGGAAGAGGUCGGGGAGGGGCAAGAGGUCGGGGAGGGGGAAGAGGUAAAUGAAGAUGGGGAGGAGUAUGAAGUGGUGUGUGUGGGGGAGUGUAGGUUGGAGUGUGGAUUGGAGUGUGUGGGGGAGUGUGGGAGGGAGAGUGAGGAGGAGUGUGGGAGAGAGUGUGAGGAAGAAGAGGAGGAUGAUGAUGUGGUGGAAGUUCCAAUAGGGGACAAUAGGUGGCGGGAUAUUAACGAAUUAUCCGGUGAGAGUGGGAAGGAGAAGGGAGGCUUGAUGAGGGAGGGAAGGGAGGGGGAAAAAGGGAGAGACUGGGGGAAAGAAACUAUGGAGAAUGAGAGGGGGAAGGGGAAGAAGAAGCAGAGGGAGAGGGAGGAGGAGAGGGAGAGGGAGGAGGAGAGGGAGAGGGAGGAGGAGAUAGGGGAGGCGGGGCGUGAGAAGCGCUAUGUGUGCAAAGAAUGUGGGAAGGCUUUUGGUCGGUGCGUUUUCCUCACUCACUCACUCACCGCCUGCCCCUCUUACCGCCUACCCCUCUUACCGCCUACCCCUCUUACCGCCUACCCCUCUUACCGCCUACCCCUCUUACCGCCUGCCCCUUUGCCCGUUCUGCAGCAGAGGUCGUUUGUGCGCCCGCGUGUGGGUUGUCACAAGGCCUUCAAGUCACUUUCCCCUCUAACCGCCUGCCCCUCUGCCCACGAGUGCCCGUUCUGCAGCAGAGGUCGUUUGUGUGCCCGUGGGCUGGUUGCCACAAGGGCUUCAACUCACUUUCCCCUCUAA